AUGGUGAGCUCUGAUUCAGUGAACUCAAGAGUUGAGACCUUGGCCAGCAGUGGAAUUGCAACAAUCCCAAAGGAGUACAUCAGACCCAAGGAAGAGCUUGUAAACAUCGGUGACAUCUUCGAACAGGAGAAGAGCACUGAUGGGCCUCAAGUUCCCACCAUUGAUUUGAAGGAGAUAGACUCUGAGAACGAAAAUGUGAGAGAGAGAUGCAGGGAGGAGUUGAAGAAGGCAGCAGUGGACUGGGGUGUCAUGCAUCUUGUGAACCAUGGCAUCUCCGAUGAGCUCAUGGACUGUGUCAGGAAGGCCGGGAAGGCCUUUUUCGAUCUUCCCAUUGAGCAAAAGGAGAAGUAUGCCAAUGACCAGGCCUCUGGCAAAAUUCAAGGCUAUGGAAGCAAGCUUGCAAACAAUGCUUCUGGGCAGCUUGAGUGGGAGGACUACUUCUUCCACCUUGUAUACCCUGAGGACAAGCGUGACUUGAACAUUUGGCCUCAGACACCUGCUGAUUACAUUGAGGCUACCGCCGAGUAUGCUAAGGAACUGAGGGCGCUAGCAACCAAGGUACUGCGCGUGCUGUCACUUGGGUUGGGAUUGGAAGAAGGGAGGCUGGAGAAGGAAGUUGGGGGGCUUGAAGAGCUUCUCUUGCAAAUGAAAAUCAACUACUACCCAGUUUGCCCUCAGCCAGAGCUUGCACUUGGUGUUGAAGCUCACACUGAUGUCAGUGCACUCACCUUCAUACUCCACAACAUGGUUCCUGGCCUGCAGCUUUUCUAUGAAGGCAAAUGGGUCACUGCCAAGUGUGUUCCAAAUUCCAUUGUCAUGCAUAUUGGGGACACCAUUGAGAUUUUAAGCAACGGUAAGUACAAAAGUAUUCUUCACAGAGGAAUGGUGAACAAGGAGAAGGUGAGGAUUUCAUGGGCAGUUUUCUGUGAGCCACCAAAGGAGAAGAUCAUCCUUAAGCCGCUCCCGGAAACUGUGUCGGAGACUGAGCCGCCAAUCUUCCCACCAAGAACUUUUGCUGAGCACAUUCAGCACAAGUUGUUCAGGAAGAGUCAAGAGGCUCUGAUCAACAAGUGA